AUGGUGGCCCAUCCGAAGGAGGUCGUGGUGAUCUGGGCUUCAAGACAUGGAAAUACGGCACUGACUGGCACCGAUCAGUAUCCGGGCACCACGCCGUCUGAGAGACAGGCCUUCUUCGAACAGGUGGAGGACGUUUUCGGAGAGCUUCUCAUGGAGAAUGUGAGUCUGAAUGAGACCAGCGUAGCAGAGCUUCAGCGCCGCAAUCAGCGACUGCUUUGGUUCGCUUCAGACUACGCCGAGUCGACGAAGAGCUCUGCGCGGGCGUGGGAUGCCCGGUCCAUCGACAACCAGCUGAAAGGUGGAGGUCACGGACGAGAGUUC